AUGACAGCUGCUCAAACAUCAUUUGUCCCGAAACCAUCUGCUCGUCAAUCUUCUCCAGACCGGUACACCCUCGAUAAAUCUCUCAGAGAAUCGAUUGAAAGAGAUUACAAUCGAGUUCUACAAUGGCACAAGUGGCGCACGGCACCUCUCAGAACCUUUCUCGAAACUUUUGAAGCCAUGAUCGACGAAGAAGAAUUCUCACUUCAAUGGCUUGAAACUCAGGACGUCACAAAGGCUGUGCGAAUUGAGGAGAUCCACCGAGUGUACUCUUAUAGAAUAACUCAUCGAUCUCUCGGGAAGGACAAAGCUCCCUUGGUAGUUCCUCUUCAUAAACCUCCCAUGGAUCCAGUGACUGAAGCCGAAUUGAAACAACUUCGCUACAUCAUGCUGCUAUCCAAAAUUAAAGCCAAAAUGGCAGAAGAUCAUCCUAGAGAUCCCAAAGGCAGUGCUAGUGGAACGAAAGAUGUUCAUGGCAACGAAAUCGAAGAAGAGGAUGAAGAAGAAAAUGAAAACGAGAACAAUGAUGAUGAAACAGAAGACGACAACAGUGGUACUGAUGAUACUGAUGAUGAUGAUAAUGAUGAUAACAAUAAUCAACAAGGAGGAGAAGGUGCUGAAGAAGAAGAACCAGAAGAUAGCCACACUAUCUUGGUCGAAACGGACUAUGCUAACUGUCCACAAAGACCACCUCUCUUGAAAAUACCAUCUGAAGACGAAGACUCGGAUGAAGCAUCCAGUAAAAAUCCAGUUCACUCGUCUCGUGCUAUCAUUCCGCAUCUGAACGAAUCUGUACAACAACAACAUAAUCUUCCAGCUCAUGAGGACAGAAAGGAAGCCUCACCUGAACAUGGCCACUCGAUGCAUGGUGAAAAUCCGGAAGCACCACAUCCUGAUGAACACAGGAACUCUUCUCCAACACACAUUGAGGACGAUUCUAUCGCUGAGUCCCCACGGACCAUUAUGAACCUCAUGCGAGAAACUGUUCAUUCAGCUGAACUGAUUCACAAGCAAUAUCUCGCCCUAAGGGAGAAGGACACGAGAGUAUUGAAUGACCUGUGUCAAAAAGUCAAUCUACUCCUUGAUGUACAAUCUCAACCACAGCAACCGAAUCUUCCUCACGACAAAACUCUUAAGCAAUUGGUGAAAAGAGUUUCUGAUCUUGAAGAGAGUUCAAACAAAGUCGCUAGGCAGCAACACGAGAUUAAGCAUUCUCAUUACGGCCUCAAGGAACGUGUUGACCUAGCUUGUACCAAGAUUGACACUUAUCAAGAUAAUUCCUAUCAACUUGGUGAAUAUGCUCUUCAAAUUCUGGGAUAUGCUCAAGACAUCCUGCUUGCAAUCAGCCAAAUCCCCUCUGUACCCCCUACUGCCUGCGCUGAUGAUGCCAAAAAGGGGGAAAAUAGGAAUGAUGACAGAGAUAAGGAUGAUGACAAGGGAUAA